AUGGCUCAAAGUAGGAGCUUUUUCGACGAAGUUAAGAGGGAAUUAGAAUGUUCAGUGUGCAAGGAGCAGUUUAGUGAAAGCAACGAACCGAAAAUACUGAAAUGUCUUCACACUUUCUGCAAAUCCUGUCUGGAAGCUUGGCUGCGACAGCAGGGUGGAGAAGCGUUGAGUUGUCCAACCUGCCGUCAGAUCACCGAAUGCCCGAGCAACAACAUCAGCAGCCUUCCAUCCAACCUGUUUUACAAGCAGAUGGUGGACAUUGUUAAGGCUUACAGCGGACUAGGCCAGGAAGAUUCACCACACUGUGGAAACUGCGACGUAAGAAAGUCGUUGAAGUACUAUUGUGCUGAUUGCAAUCACUUCCUGUGUGAAGACUGCGCUAGGGCUCACAGAAAAAUGAAAGCUCUUAGUGGUCAUCAGGUUAAAGAAAUUGGGAAAUUCAAGCCUAGCGAUGCCCGAGAUUACGCCAGGAGAGCAAAUGUUUGCAAGAAACACAACGAUGAAGUGCGAUUUUAUUGUGAACAAUGCGUGAUAUGUAUUUGCCGUGACUGCGCCAUAUUGGAUCAUCGAGACCACAACAUCGUUUCGCUUGACAACGGAUUACAAAAGAAGAAAUCAGAAAUUGAGAAUAAGAUGCAAGAAGUCCAGGCAAAUGUUCCUCGUUUGAAGAGCGAAAAAGAAUUCCUCGAAAAGCAAAGAAUAAGAAUGAACAAAAGCGUCGAACAAGCGACACAAGAAAUACACAGAACGGUGGAAAGGAACAUAGAAUUGAUUCGCCAGCAUGAAGCAAGCAUGACCGAUCGACUAAUGAAGCAGAAAGAAACUUUCGAUGCUGCAUUUUCAAACACAAUGACCAGCCUGGACGAAAAACUGGUUGAAAUAGAGAGCAGCUUGGACUUUGGCAACGAAAUACUUCAACGAAAUAAUUUACCAGAGAUUCUAAACGUGGAAGAAGUGCUUGAACAAAGGUUUCAGGAACUUAUGGAGCCUUGUGCAUUUAACUUGAAGGCAAAUUAUUCCGCCGUCAAAUACGUUUCAAAUGACUUGUCGUCCCUGAAAGAUUCACCGGGGAAGUUACUCACGACAAACACUGAACCUUCGUCAACCAUGGUGGAUAGCAUGGCCCUGACAGAGGGUGCCGUACAAGGCGAAGAUUGCACUUUUACAGUGAUUACAAAGGAUUCACAGGGAAUUAAAACCUACAGUGAAAUUGACAUGGUUGAAGUUUGCAUCCAGUCUCUCCAGACGAGAAAAACCUUGGAGGCCACCAUAACAGACUCAAAAGAUGGCUGCUAUAAAGUAUCAUACAGACCUGAAGCUGCAGGAGAGUUCAAUGUUGUCAUAACAGUGGCAGGCGAAGCGAUCAAGGGAAGUCCCUUCCACUUGAAAGUGAAAGAAAGAAAGUACCUGAGCCUGUACGCCGAGUCAUUAGCCGACUUACAACACCGACAAAUCGGUCAGUGUAAAACGCAGACUGCAGGUCGUGGGUUAAAGGCAGACUGCGGGAUCGGCGAAUGUGUUAGCUACAGCAUCUACGAUCCUGAGAUCUCCAUAGUCAGUUGA